GCUUUCGGCUAUUUGGCAACUUGCAUCUUCGUUAUUACCAUGUAUUUUUCAAACAUUUACCUGUGUGAUUAUGAAACUUGAUCUUUGAAUCGAUGGAAAUGAGAAGAAACUAAAGCAAUGCGCAAACCAAACCCACAAAAACUUAUAAAAGUUUUCAACAAUUGGACUUUAGCCAUAAAAAAUGCUUCUUCUCCUCACCAAGCCUUGGUUCUUUACUCUCAAAUGCACCGCCAAUCGGUUCCUUUUAAUAGUUUCUCAAUUCUCUUCACCCUCAAGUCAUGUACUCCUUUGCGAAAUCCGAGUCUCGUUGCCCACCUCCAUUGUCAUAUCUUGAAGUUAGGGUUCGUUUCCCAUGUCUAUGUGGCUACUUCUUUGUUGAAUGCGUACGUGGUUUCUUGUUUUGACUAUGCAUGCAAACUGUUCGAUGAAAUUCCUGAGAGAAACAUUGUUACCUGGAACACCAUGAUAACUGGUUAUUCACGGUCUGGGGAUGUAAACAAAGCGUAUGCCUUUUUUAAGGCAAUGACUUUGAGGGAUGUUGCUUCUUGGUCUGCCAUGAUUGCGGCUUUCAUGAAUAACUGGAAAUGGAAUUGUGGGUUAUCUUGUUUUAGAGAAAUGGUAGCAAAUGAGAGGUUGAAACCUGAUGAAGUGACUGUGGGAGCGGUUCUAUCUGGCUGCGCUCACAUGGGUUCUCUUGGAUUAUUGGCGGGAAGAUCGGUCCAUGCGUUUAUAGCUAAAAAUGGGUGGAACUUGACUGUCGAAAUCGGCACUGUUUUGGUAGAUAUGUAUGCAAAAUGCGGAUUAUUGAAGUAUGCUUGUAUAGUUUUCAAUGCAAUGCAACAAAGAAAUGUAAUGACUUGGACGGCAUUGAUUAGUGGAUCUGCACAACAUGGCUACAGUGACGAGGCACUGUCUUUCUUUGAAGCAAUGCAAGAGGCGGGAGUGAAGCCUAAUGAGAUGACUUUUACAGGCAUUCUCAAUGCAUGUGCUCGUAAAGGUUUGGUCAAGGAAGGCCGCAAGUAUUUCGAUAUGAUCGAACAAUAUGGUUUGCAGACAAGGAUUCACCAUUAUGGGUGCAUGGUUGACUUGUAUGGUAAGGCAGGGUUGCUAGAAGAAGCUUAUCAGGUUAUCGGUACAAUGAAAGUUGAACCCAAUGUUGUUAUAUGGAGUUCUUUUUUGUCAGCUUGUAAGGAUCAUAAGCAAUUUCAGAUGGCUGACAGAGUGAUCAAGCAAGUGAUGGAAACGGUAAAGCCAGAGAGUGAUGGGGGGGUUUAUUCUCUUGUAUCUGAUUUAUAUGUUUUGAAUGAGAAAUGGGAUGAUGCGGAAAGAGUAAGGAAACUAAUGGUUAAUCAAUAUGUGAGGAAGACUAGGGGCUCUAGUUUUAUUCGAAGUUGAAUUCUUGAAAGCAAUUUUGUUUCUUCUCAAGAUCUAUGUCACUCAGACUCAGAAGUAUUGGGUAGGAUAUGUAUUAAAGUUUUUCACAUAUUUGGAGGGUUUUUGGAGUUUCACAAUAUGCACGUCCAGGGUAUGCAUUGGACAUGAAUAUUUGAGCAUCUGGUAGACCUUGUUCAGUGCUUGUGCAGCUCAUUGCAAUCUAAGGCUUGCAGGAACUAUCCAUCAGUUUAUGUGCUUUUGUCAUCUCAUUACUAAGCCAGAAUCAUGGGAUCAUUUCAAGUUGACAAAGGGAAUCGAAGGCAAGAUUUUGAAGCUGCGUUUGCUUAACAAUUAUUGCGAUUGAAUUUGGGAGUUUUUCAGAAACCUCACAAUAUACUUGGACUGUUAGUUUCACUAGAUUCAUUGAUUUGACUAAAAAUAAAGAGGGAGAUCAAACAUGUAAGUCCUUAUCAUUUCAUUCCAAUAACUUUUUUAAAGUAAAUUCUUUUUGCUA